AUGUCAGCCAACAUUCCUUUCGAAAUCCAAGAGAAAAUCAUCAAAAAAAAUCUUUCUGUCAAAUCUUUGCUUCAGUUCAGAUCUGUUUCAAAGCAAUGGAAGUCUCUGAUCGAUAGCUCUGAAUUUAUCACUUAUCACACCCAGUCUCAUCCGGAACAUCUACUGAUAAGGUACAUACCAGGAGGUUCUGAUCGGGUCAAAUAUGAGGAUAAUUAUGUUUCGAUUGUUGAUGAUGACAGCUUCCCCGAUCACAAGUCUCCCCCUUUUGUUCCUCCAACUGUUAAGUUUCUCGCGUCACCAUUCAUGAUCGAUUGCUCUCACGGAUUGGUGUGUUUGCACGGAGUUAUUCGAGAUCAAGGGAACGUAAAGAAACUCGUUGUUCUAUGGAAUCCAUUAGUUAGGAAAUCCGUUGGUAUAGCGAUACCGGGUGGAGCCCAUGAUGUUAUUAGUUUUGGGGUUUGUCCUAAAACUAGCGACCCUAAGAUCGUCAAGAUUACACGUUGUUCUAUCGAUAACGAGGCCACAGCUGAGGUUUUCACAUUAAGCUCUGGGGCUUGGAGAAGCUUACCAAUGAAUAAGCCGUUUAAGUCUAAAUCGUUGCAGUUCUCGAAUACACAGGUGGUUAUAGAUGGGGUUAUUUAUUGGCUCACUUAUGAUAAUAUUAUAGAUAAACUUAGGGUUUAUUCAUUUGAUUUGGCAAGUGAAGAAUUUGGAGAACCAGUAGACUUUGCUAAUAACUUAGGUACACGCCAUUUAAGGCCGUACAAUAUAUCUAAGAUCAACGAGUCUCUUGUUGUGCUUAGUUAUCACGUAGCUAAUAAUUUAACACCGAAACCAUUUUGUGACGUAUGGAUGAUGUUGAAAAACGGUGUUCCAAAACCCUCGUUUAGAAAGCUAUUCACUGUUAACGACGUUCAGGUUGAUAGUAUAAUUGGAUUUAGGAAGAAUGGCCAACCGAUAAUAGUACAGACGCAUAGACGUAAUGAUGAACUUGAAGUUUUUGAACCUUGCUGGGAACACAACAAUGGUCUUGGGAUUUAUGGGUCGACCUUCAAGAUGACCUCCUACACAGAAUCACUACUUCUGCUCAAUCAUUCUGAUUCUUUCAUUCAGUGA